UCCCAGAAACAGCGGCGGCCGCGCUGCGGGGAGAGGACGGCGGGCGGGCCGGCCGGGAGGAGGGAGAGAACUGGCUCGCGGCCGCGGCGCUGAAGUUUCCUGCCCGCCGCGCUCCCACCCUCUGCUGGCGGCCCGGGCCAUGCCGGAGCGCUGGGGUCGAGCGGCAGCAUGAAGGGCGGCGACCGCGCUUACACCCGAGGUCCCUCUUGGGGGUGGCUCUUUGCUGCCAAGUGCUGCUGUUGCCUCCCGUGCAGAGAUGCAUACUCCCAUUCCUCAAGUGAAAACGGAGGCAAGUCUGAGUCAGUGGCCAACCUGCAGUCUCAGCCCUCCCUGAACUCCAUCCACAGCUCCCCCGGUCCCAAGCGUUCCACUAACACCCUUAAGAAGUGGCUGACGAGCCCCGUGCGCCGGCUCAACAGCGGGAAAGCAGAUGGAAAUAUCAAGAAGCAGAAGAAAGUACGAGAUGGCCGGAAGAGCUUCGACCUGGGAUCUCCCAAGCCUGGGGAUGAGACGACCCCUCAGGGAGACAGUGCAGAUGAGAAGAACAAGAAAGGAUGGGGUGAAGAUGAGCCAGAUGAAGAGUCACACACACCCCUCCCUCCACCUAUGAAGAUCUUUGACAAUGACCCUACGCAGGACGAGAUGUCCUCCUCUUUGCUAGCAGCCCGGCAGGCUUCCACUGAAGUACCUUCUGCUGCAGACCUUGUCAGUGCAAUAGAACAAUUGGUCAAAAGCAAGCUGAGUCUAGAAGGAGGCUCAUACCGGGGAAGCCUGAAAGACCCUGUAGGCUGCCUGAAUGAGGGAAUGACCCCACCCACACCUCCUAGAAACCUGGAAGAAGAACAGAAAGCCAAGGCCCUGAGGGGCAGGAUGUUUGUCUUGAAUGAGCUGGUACAGACAGAAAAAGACUAUGUCAAAGAUCUGGGGAUUGUGGUGGAGGGCUUCAUGAAGAGAAUAGAAGAAAAGGGUGUCCCUGAGGACAUGCGAGGAAAGGAUAAAAUCGUGUUUGGAAAUAUUCACCAGAUUUACGACUGGCAUAAGGAUUUUUUCCUGGCUGAACUGGAAAAAUGUAUCCAGGAGCAAGACAGGCUGGCACAGCUCUUCAUCAAACACGAGCGGAAGCUGCACAUCUACGUGUGGUACUGCCAGAACAAGCCGCGCUCAGAGUACAUCGUCGCGGAGUACGACGCUUACUUUGAAGAGGUGAAACAGGAGAUAAAUCAAAGGCUGACACUUAGUGACUUCCUUAUCAAGCCCAUUCAGAGAAUCACAAAAUACCAGUUGCUCCUCAAGGACUUCCUGAGAUACAGCGAGAAGGCUGGUUUGGAGUGUUCAGAUAUCGAGAAAGCAGUGGAGUUAAUGUGCCUUGUUCCAAAACGCUGCAAUGACAUGAUGAAUCUGGGACGCCUGCAGGGCUUUGAGGGCACCCUGACUGCUCAGGGGAAGCUGCUGCAGCAGGACACGUUCUAUGUGAUUGAGCUGGACGCAGGCAUGCAGUCCCGGACCAAGGAGAGGCGCGUGUUCCUCUUUGAGCAAAUCGUCAUCUUCAGUGAACUGCUAAGGAAGGGAUCCCUCACCCCAGGCUACAUGUUCAAAAGGAGCAUCAAGAUGAAUUACUUGGUCCUGGAGGAGAACGUGGACAAUGACCCCUGCAAGUUUGCACUCAUGAACAGGGAGACUUCAGAGAGGGUCAUUCUGCAAGCUGCCAACGCGGACAUCCAGCAGGCCUGGGUGCAGGACAUCAAUCAAGUCUUAGAAACACAGCGAGACUUCCUAAAUGCACUACAGUCGCCCAUUGAGUACCAGCGGAAAGAAAGGAACACAGCUGUGAUGAGGUCCCAGCCAUCUAGAGUUCCCCAAGCCAGCCCCAGGCCCUACUCCUCUGUCCCCGGGGGCUCUGACAAGCCCCCAAAGGGCUCCAGCUAUAACCCGCCUCUGCCACCCCUGAAGAUAUCUACCUCCAAUGGCAGUCCAGGGUUUGACUAUCACCAGCCUGGGGACAAGUUUGAGGCCACCAAGCAGGGCGACCUGGGGGGCUGCAAUGGGACCUCCUCCAUGGCCGUGAUCAAAGAUUACUAUGCACUGAAGGAGAACGAAAUCUGUGUGAGCCAAGGUGAGGUGGUCCAGGUCCUCGCCGUCAACCAGCAGAACAUGUGCCUGGUGUACCAGCCGGCCAGCGACUGUUCCCCUGCGGCCGAGGGCUGGGUCCCGGGCAGCGUCCUGGCACCCCUCACCAAAGCCACCGCGGCAGCAGAAAGUAGUGACGGAAGCAUCAAGAAGUCAUGUUCAUGGCAUACCCUACGAAUGAGAAAGCGGGCGGAAGUGGAGAACACGGGUAAAAAUGAAGCCACAGGGCCUCGUAAACCCAAGGAUAUUCUGGGCAACAAAGUCUCUGUUAAAGAGACGAACAGUUCCGAGGAGUCAGAGUGUGAUGAUCUUGACCCUAAUACUAGCAUGGAGAUCUUAAAUCCAAAUUUCAUCCAAGAAGUGGCCCCAGAAUUCCUUGUGCCCUUAGUGGAUGUGACCUGCUUGCUUGGGGACACAGUGACAUUGCAGUGCAAAGUCUGUGGGCGGCCAAAGCCCACCAUCACCUGGAAGGGUCCAGACCAGAACAUCCUUGACACUGACAACAGCUCGGCCACAUACACCGUCUCCUCCUGUGAUUCUGGGGAAAUCACCCUGAAGAUCUGCAAUCUGAUGCCCCAGGACAGUGGGAUUUAUACCUGCAUAGCAACGAACGACCAUGGCACCACAUCUACGUCUGCUACAGUUAAAGUGCAAGGUGUUCCAGCAGCCCCUAACCGCCCCAUUGCCCAGGAGAGAAGCUGCACUUCUGUGAUUCUCCGCUGGCUGCCUCCCUCCAGCACUGGGAACUGCACUAUUUCUGGUUACACUGUGGAGUACCGGGAGGAAGGUUCCCAGGCCUGGCAGCAGUCUGUAGCUUCGACCUUGGACACUUACCUCGUCAUCGAAGACCUCAGCCCUGGGAGUCCUUAUCAGUUCAGAGUCAGCGCCAGUAACCCCUGGGGGAUCAGCCUUCCCAGCGAGCCCUCAGAGUUUGUGCGACUCCCAGAGUACGAUGCUGCUGCUGAUGGUGCCACCAUUUCUUGGAAGGAUAAUUUUGAUUCAGCUUAUACUGAGCUGAAUGAAAUUGGAAGAGGCCGUUUCUCCAUUGUAAAGAAAUGCAUUCACAAAGCUACCCGCAAGGAUGUCGCUGUGAAAUUUGUUAGCAAAAAAAUGAAGAAAAAAGAGCAGGCCGCCCACGAGGCUGCCCUACUUCAGCACCUGCAGCACCCCCAGUACAUCACUCUCCAUGACACUUAUGAGUCCCCCACAUCCUACAUCCUGAUUUUGGAACUGAUGGAUGAUGGCCGGCUCUUAGACUACCUUAUGCAUCACGAUGAGCUGAUGGAAGAGAAAGUAGCUUUCUAUAUCCGAGACAUCAUAGAAGCUCUGCAGUAUCUUCACAACUGCAGGGUGGCCCAUUUGGACAUCAAGCCGGAAAACCUGCUCAUCGACCUUCGCAUUCCAGUACCUCGAGUGAAGCUCAUCGACCUGGAGGAUGCCGUCCAGAUCUCAGGCCACUUCCACAUCCACCACCUGCUGGGGAACCCCGAGUUUGCUGCCCCAGAAGUGAUCCAAGGCAUCCCCGUCUCCCUGGGCACAGAUAUCUGGAGCAUCGGGGUGCUGACAUAUGUCAUGCUCAGUGGGGUGUCCCCCUUCUUGGAUGAGAGUAAAGAGGAGACAUGUAUCAAUGUGUGCAGGGUGGACUUCAGCUUCCCGCACGAAUACUUCUGUGGUGUGAGCAAUGCCGCCAGAGACUUCAUCAAUGUGAUCCUACAGGAAGACUUUCGGAGGAGGCCCACGGCAGCCACCUGCCUGCAGCAUCCCUGGCUGCAGCCCCACAAUGGCAGCUACUCCAAGAUCCCCCUGGACACCUCCCGCCUGGCGUGCUUCAUAGAACGCCGCAAGCAUCAGAACGACGUGCGGCCUAUCCCCAAUGUCAAGAGCUACAUCGUCAACCGAGUAAACCAAGGGACAUAGCCAUCUCCUGGCCCUUGGGGUUUCACAUGGAAGUGCAGUGUGAACCAAAGCAAGACUGAAUGUCUGUAAAUAAUUGUUAGUUCACUCCAUGCAGUUCUCUGGAUCAAGCGAUGUACCUCUUAAACCUCGUCAGUGGUUAUUCAGGGUCUGGGCAGCCGUAAAAUUACCCUAAAUCCAGGGACAUUUCAGAAGGUCAUUUGGAAGAGGUAAAGAUGCAAAGAGUCACCCAAAGCAUUAAAGAGAGGGCCAAGGAGGACAAGAAUAUUAGCUGUUAGACAAUUUUAAUAGAGUGUUCCAAAAUGAGUGGUUAACCGGGCAAACCCAAAGCUCACUGUAGUGAGUAUAAAAGGUUUCUAACUCUGCUGAAAUUUUAAGCAAAAAGUUCUAUUUAACAGAGACAUCAUGUAUGCCAACUAUUCUGGUUUAGAUUACUUAGAUAUAGUUUCUUAAUAGGAUACAUAUACACAUACAGUAAAAUAUAUCCCAUUCAGGUUUCAGAGUUUUAUAAUAUAGAGGUAUAUAUGAAAUCAAUCAUAAGUAACUUUGAGUGCUCCAGUUAAGACAGUAAUUUAUUUACCGAAGCAUUACGUUGUUUUGACUAAGCACAAUUAGAUGACAAGUUUUUUAGAGCAUUUUAUAAAUCUUGUAUAGAAAUCUUUUACCAGAACCCGUGCAUUAAGAGAAAGCAAUGUUACCCUUUUGCAGUCCGUGAAUGAGAAGAUUUUUCUCUCAGUCACAAGUAUUUGAUUAACAUAGGUUCUGUAUAUGAAAUGCUACCCCCAAAUUCACUGGCAGCUCAGAGUUCAUCUGGCAGGAAAGCCUGCCAGAAAAGAAGUCCAAAUACAGUAAGAGUUCUGGGGUUAUUUUUAUGUCUACACUCGGUUUGAACUAGGUAAUGAAUAUAACAGGUUCAUACAAAAGGGCAAGUAGAAACCUUUCCUACAGUUCCUAAGAACAACGUAACGACACUUUCUGACUUCUUCUACAGCUGUAGAAGGCAGUCCUCAGAAAGUUGGCUUGCUUUAUUUCUAACCCCUUCUGGAAGCUAAGGGGUGCUUACCAAAAGGAGGCAGCCAUAUAGGCCUUUUAAAGGCCUGGUCCCGAGUCCUUUUUGUUGAAGCCAUGGAAUAAAAUCUGAUAUAUCACUCUAACAGAGCAUUGAGUUUCAACUGUGAUUGCAAUAGCUGUCACCACUCAGCCGCUGAUAUUUCCCUGGACCAAAAGGACUCAUUGCACUUUGAGGCCAAUGCUGCUUUCUGGCAUGUAUUCUCCACACACAGUGAUUCUGAACUGCCCUUUCCCCUGCUAGUGGGGGGGGGAAAAAACUUCAACCUGGGCAUUUCAUGGUUGUUUUUCUUUCUUUGUUUUUGAGGAACAAUUUUGGGUUUUUUGUGUUGGUACACGACCCACCCUUUGUUUUCUAGGAUGUGUUUUAAAAGUUGCUAUUAUGCAAAUAAUAUUUUAAAAAUAUAACUCAAGUGUUUAUCCUCCAAUCAGGUUUAAUGGCAUUGCUUCUCUCCUAUGAUAGGAUUGAGAAAAUUAAAAUCGAGCUGCACAAAAGUGCAAGCAGAGAGUUUAAGAAGGAUAAAUAGAAUUACAAAUCUGUCUAAAUGAAAAAGAAUGGUGGAAAUGAAGCCUGAACUUUAAUAUAUUAAAACACUUAUUCCCACAGCGGAAAUAGAGAAUUAAAAAUACUCAUCUGUCUUUUCCAUUGGUCUCAGAGCCAACUUCGUCAUCCACCCUCCACCUCAUCCCAUCCAAGAUUAUAGAUUAAUCAAUUAGUAGAAAGUACAAGCAAUAAGACUAGAUAGCAUUUCGUAUUUUUAGGAUUAACCAAAUACGUGGAAACUGAUUCCGACUGUUAUUUGGUUCCUAGUUUCGAAUGGCCCUGGGUCACCGAGGUGCCCUCCCUCAGACCCUGCCCUUGACCAACCCUCUCUAGUCUUCAUUUAAACCUACAUGUAUAUACAAAUACUAUCUGAUAUAAUAUUUUAAAAUUUAAAACAUAUUUACUAAAAAACCUUUUAGUAAACAUGUCUUCAUUGUGAGAUCUAGCCUAAAAGAAGAAAGCCUGGUCCCUAGGGCUAGUCACAGGAUGGAGGGCAGGUGCUGAGGAUUACAAAUACCCAUAAAAUGUGGCUUGGCAAGGUCUGUUUCAUCCACUGUGCACAGCAACUAAAGAACUCUCUGCCGAGUCCUUUUGAGUUUGUAUGACCAUGUAAGAGAUGGGUUGAGUUUCUGCUGGAGAAGAUUUGGGCCUUGGACAGUGGUGCACAGAGGGCACAGGAGAGCAUUCAUGAAAUCAUGUUGUGGGAAGGCAGCUGACAGAACGUUAUAGCCAAAGGUUUUAUAUCAGCUUUUACAUCAGAGUUGGGACAGCCCAGGUGUGGGGUUGCGUGAAAUUUCCCCUCCCUGCAAGUACACAUGCUGGGGAAGUGAGGAGACAGGACAAGCAGGACAUAGAAAUGAAAAGUAGGAUGAUUCUGUUAACUGGAGCCAAAGUACAAUCAUUAGAGUAGAAUUCAUUUAAUAGAGGCCCCAAGAGAAAGGGUGUGUAUUUUAUAUAGUUUGAUAACGGAAGAAUAACAGAGAGGUUCCCUGUCUGCAAAGCCCCUGCUCACUCCCCUGCUAUCCCAAGUAAGAGAGCAGUCCUGGUUCAAGAUUUCUCCACAGGGCGUUGGAAAUAACAAGGAAGGCUUUAACAAGGAAGCCCAGAAGGUGGGGCUGGGAAACGUACUUGAGGUUGCGCUGUGGGCAACCAUGGUGAGGGACAAAGGAUUAGUAACCACUUUCUUGUACCUGUUUUAGCAGAUAUGACUUUCUGGUAGAGAGGGGAAGAAGAGAAAAUGGUCCACUUCAACCGCAGUUCUUAAAAUCAAAACUUAACUGGGAAUUAGUGAAAGUGAGCUUCUAGUUGAAAUGGGAAAAAUUAAUGUUGGUGAAAGUCCUAAGUUUCUUGCUUGUUGUUUUUCAUUGCAUAGAGUUUUGAGGUUUGUUUUGUAAGGGUGGGAUGCAGAAAGAAGAAAAGAUCAGGGACAACCCGUAAUAAUUUUUUAAAGAUACCAUGAUUUACUGCAUCUUCUACAUUUGUUUCAGAUUAAAUAGAUUUAUAUCCACUUACAGCUGAAUGUGGGAAAAUUUUUAAGAGAAAAAUUGUAAUGUGGAGGUGUCCUUCAGGACUCUCACAGCCAUAAACACUCGUGGGUGAGUAGAGGAAGCAGAGGAAAAGCUGGCUUCACUGCUUUGUUGUUCACAAAGCCUUUAUAAAUAGUAGUGCCUUUCAGAGGGGAGGUGGGGAGAUAAAGAAGUUCAUUGUAUUUAGACUGACUGAUACUGCAGCAUUUUUUUUCUUUAUGUUAAAAUAUCUUUUAAAUGAAAACAUCUGAAUAUAGGGUGAGGCCAGGAAUGCUUGAGUUUCAACCUCAGCUAUUCCUGAUUCGUCCUUUCUUACAGAAAGUCUUUGUUUUUUUCUGUCCCAAAUGUCCCCAUUGUUGAAAUGGGAUGGGGGGGGGGUGGAGAGGAGGGACUUUAAUCUCAUAGGAAUGUUGGGAAAAUAGCAUAGUUGGGAUGCCUAAAAAAAAACACUUUGAUUUUUUUAAAGUGCUACACACUGCCAGUGCUAAGAAUUUUAUUGAUAGUAACUUUGAACAUUCCAGGUUUUCAAUACUCAUGUUUUAGGAUACCAUUUGCAAACUCGUAAGAUUAAAUUCUGUAAUUUGAUUUUAAUUGGAAGUACCAGGUGCUCUUUGUCUAAAUGUUACUUGGUCUUAGCCUGUAAUUUCAAUCAUUUAAAAAGCAUGUCUACAGAAAAAGGUUAGGAGACCUGAUGGUCUUAUGUGAAUAAACUGUUUUCUCCAGUAUUUCUGAUGGCAGACACAGAUUAGGGUGCCCUCCAAAGCAACUGCUGCUCUCUCUUCUCAAGCUAUAUGCUUGGGAAACAUUGACAGAGAAGAACCCAAACAGCCACUUUCCUCAGUGGGAGGGCAGAAGUAAGAAUAAAAUAUUGUCUGAUAUCACAACUCAUUUCUUCAGAAUCUCACUGGCAUCCACCGUAAGAAGCAAAUUACAUGUACAGGUGUAGAAAUGAAUAGAACUGUUGGAUUUUAGAGGGGAAACCUUGGAUUUCUCUCUCCCUCUCUCUCUUUCUCUCUCUCUCUUUUUUAAGAUACUUAAGAGUUUCUGGAGUAGCAUAUUUCCUUUCUUAUAGUCUCCAUGAUUUAGUGCCCAGGAGUUAGUCAUUCCUGUUUGCUUGCCUAUGUGAAAGAGCAUGGAAAUUUAGAUUUGUGAGAACAUGAGGGAGCAAAUACCUUAUAAACUAGGUGGUGGUCAUUUCUGUGUAUUAACUAAAACUUGGUCCCACAAAUUUGAUAGAGGAGGAAAUAUUGCAAACAUAAGGGGUCUCUGCAGUAGGGCAAAAGUGCAAACUCACCACUCCCCUGUUUGGUUUUGAGGAAUGUGGGCUUUAUUCCUUUUUCUCCCGUGUAGCAUGUCUGUGGAGUCUGGGUUAGGCUAACACUGUCUGUGGGGUUCCAGUGGAUUUAUUCGCAUUAUGAUUGUUCUUAACUAUUUAAAGUCUAGGGGUCAUUUGGAAAUUAACAAUUAAACCUGGGGCAGGUUUAGAAAAGAUAAAGUUCAUACAUACUCCACUAAGAAAAGGGAAGCUACUGUGUUAAUAUUUAUUUUCUAAAAACUAUAAGGCUCUCAGUUGUUUCAUUAAUUCUAGAGGAUUGGAAAGAGCUGAAAUUUGUCCAUAGCCCUAGACAUUUUGAUAGGAAAUAUUAUUCAUGUGAGAAAUCUAUAUAGAAAUAGAACACAGAAAUAUCAUAGGCUGUAUCUUCUAUGAAAGGCAUUUCUGCAUUUUUCAUAUGUGUAGAAGUUAGAGGAGAGGAGAAAUCAAUUACUCUUAAGACAAAUUUUCAUCUUUAAGGGUCAUUUUUGGGAAGCUUGAAAUUAAUACUCGUGAAAGCCUGAAAUAUAGGCUAUUGUGUUUUGUCAGCCUGUUUGUUGGGAGAUUCUAAAAUGUGGUCAGAUUUAGUUUUAUUCAAAUGAUUGAGAUUAAUUGUUUAUUCAGAUGCCUGUUAUUUCAGAGGGUGAGGAUAGCUGAGAAAAAGGUGGGUAGUGGGAAAACAGUGCAAAUAAAAUUUAACAAGCUAAUUUGCUAGCCCAGGGAUAGCUAGCAUUAAGAGUUCCAUCAAUGCCUGACUUCUAUCAAGAGAUGAAUCCACAUCGUGGAGUAUUAUGGGGACUGUUACCAUGCUCUCAGAGACUGUGGUUAUGAAGUUAACAAAACAUAUAUCUCCUCUUACUAACUUAAGCCAUAUCUGUCAUCUCUGUGUCUGAUUUUUUUGACCCUGGUGCUUUUACUUCUGUUUCUGCCAAACUCCAGCCUGCUCUAUGGGGAAGGUGAGUAAAACCAGUAGUUAGGACCAAUGUGAAGACUGUGAAAAACACUAAACAUACCCGUCAGAAUGAGAUCCUAGUCAGAAAACAGUAGUGAUCAAAGUGCAAACUGUUGGAAUAUAUGGAUAUAUGUACAUCUGUACAUGUAUAUAGUGUAUAAUAUGUAUGUAUAUGUUAUUGCUCAUAUGCAGAAAUCUAUCCAGUUGAAGACAGCCCAGGUCGGUCAGUUUUUCUACUGGAAAACCACUUAGAGCCAUUCAAAACCAUUAGGGCUGAUGGGUGGAGUUAGGGUCUACUCAUUUGGGAACUACUUGCUGUCCUUUAAAGUCCACAGAGCCAAGUGAACAAAGCCUGAAACAUAAUGGGGCCAUCAUUUAGGUUAUCUGUUUACCUGGGGUCAGGAGUAUCUUUAUAUUUGAAUUAUUAAUAGUUGGUUUGCAAACUGCAUUGGCACCUCUUGGUUUUGAGUGACCCAUCCCCACCAAGUCUUUUGAGAGUUUGGAGUGGCUUCUCUGGCCCUUGAGAUCAAGGGCCUUAUCCAUAAGUGGAUAGGUUUCCCCAUAGGGACCAUUACACAUAUACAUAUAAGUACAUACUUCCAUCAGGCUUGUAACAAUUGAUUUAAAACCACUCCACAGUAUUGAUAAAUAGCUCUAUAUUUUCAAGGUGCAGAAGACUUCCACAGCCUUAAUUAUUUCAGUGUCUUGCUGGUCUGCCUUAAGUGUAUCUUCUGGGUUUUUGGUUGUCUUAUUAUUUUUAAAUUUUUCUGCAGUUCAUUUUGUAUGCACACAAUGUCGUUUUGUAAAGGUAGGUUGUAAAUAUUUUAUUUGUAAGUCAAAAUCACUCAUGUGUAAUGUUGUAAAGUGAUGACCUUCUGUCUUGUUAUUACUACAGUAAAUGUUAUAAGUCAUGGAUGAAACUUCAAAAUGUACAUCUCACAAGUUAUGCAUUCCUAUAAAUACACUAUACUAAAGAUAUUA